AUGCUCCUUCUCAUCGCCCAGUUGUCGAGAGGACCGUGUAGUGCCAGGGGCCUCGUCUUCACGCGAGCCGUCGACCCGCCGGCCGAGCAGGACUUGGAAGUGUCCACACAGGAGACCGAGCAACCGAAUCAAGAAAGGGGCAAUCGUCAGGCGAUCGCCAUCCGCACUGCCCAAUCGGUGUCUGCCUCGCCUUGCACACACAACGAGGGCACAACUGUGCACCAUCACUCCUUCCCACCGCCGCAUCCCCUUGCAGCCACAAGUGAUGACCUCGUACCAAGCGGAAUGAGGACACGACUAUUAUUGAAGCGCAAUUCAGCCUUAUCUUCUACGCAUCAUUCUCCUUCCUCCCUCCUCCUCCUCCUCCUCCUCCUUCAUCUUUCCUCCUCCCUCCUUGCCUCCUUGCCUCCCUUCCUUUGGUCCUCACUUCCUCUCCACCAUCCCCUCUCCUUCCUUCCCUCCCUCCCUCACUCCACUUCCCAUAUCCCACACACCCUCCUCAACCCUUCCUCCUCCCCCUUCACCCCUCCCACUCAUCCACCCUUCCUCCCUUUCUAUCUACAUUGCCUUCCCAAACGCGCUUUGAAUGAGUGCGAAGGUGGUGGGCAAAUUGAACGUUUGGCCUCUUCUUCUUCUUCUUCUCCUCCUCCUCCAGACACAGUGCAAGGAGGCCUCCACUCACAUUGCACAGACGACGUGCUCGCAAUUUGGCGUGUUGAGGGAGAUGGAGAAGACGGUGUUGCGCUGUGCAUUAUCGUGCGUUGUGGGAGAAUGGAAGCACGACCUGUUGAGGCCAAUGAAUGCGACUUUGGACUGUUGCUGCUACCACCACCACCACCACCACCUCCUCCUCCUCCU